GUUUCCAAUUUUAGCGUGAUGCUGAUGUUGACUGAUCCUGGGAAUCCUUCUACCUACAAGGAACGAACCAUCUUGCUACGUCGGUCUGGUGCCCCAUCCUGUGUAACCCAGACUCGGAUGCCAGUUGGACAGAAUGCUGAACGGGAUGGACGGGCGAGAUGACCAAUGAGGCCAAAGCCGCGCUUCAUCUUCCGCACAUUAUCGUCGAUAGGUCACCCGAACCCGCAAGACUCUGUUCUGUUCUGUGCAAAGCUGAAGGUUGGGCACGAACGGGUUCCCGGCGAGAUGCAAAAAUUGCUGUUUACGCUAGCUAGCUCCCAUCUGCGAUUUCCGAAAAGCCUGUUGUCGCAUCAAGGAUAUCGGAAGGCGGAGUUCCAUGAUCUGAUGCCAUCAUUUGACGCCAACGCGUCGAGCCUGAAACACUGCCUUUGGUGGGUUCUAUGCAGAUCGACAAGGCUGCAAAGCCAUACUGACAGCUUCCUGGCCGUCGUAGCUCAAGAGGUAGGGUUUCGUUUCUCAUUAAAGAGCCACACCAUCUCUGAGACCAAGCUGAUCGCUAUGACCGUGAGCCUUGAGGCUAAUGAUCCCUAUCACUUUCGCGGUGUACUAGUCUGCGGAAUCCAUCCGCCACCAGCCGCUCCGCGAUGGGCGCCGCGUCCAAGAGGUCUGUUUUCUCGCUUGGAGUAGUACCUAGUGUGCCAGGUCGAUGAGCCAGCCCCUUAUCCCGCGAGAGUUUACUUUGGCUGAGCUUCCAAGAGCUGCUUGGAAGUACCUUCUAGCUGAUGCCUCACCGCUCCACGGUGGUCGAGAAACGAAAAGAAAAUGUGAGACCUGUGGCAGUCGCCUUCGAUAUAGCAAUUGGGUAGCCCGAAGCCUUCGAAGCUGUCGAAUUCUUCGUUUUCUGAAAGUAGGCAAAAGUGGUUUGGGAUGAUGUGCAGGUCUGCGGGACAGCAUCUAGAAAUUCGAAUGGUGAUUGCUCGGACCAGUCUCUCGGAUCGACUUGUCAGCCGG